AUGGAGUUCACGGCGUCGCCCAAACCGCAGCUCUCCUCCCGGGCCAACGCCUUCUCCAUCGCCGCGCUCAUGUCCAGCGGCGGCUCCAAGGAGAAGGAGGCCACGGAAAACACCAUCAAACCCCUGGAACAAUUUGUGGAGAAGUCAUCCUGCGCCCAGCCUCUAGGCGAGCUGACCAGCCUGGAUGCUCACGGGGAGUUUGGUGGCGGUGGCGGCGGCAGCAGCCCCCCUUCCUCCUCGCUGUGCACCGAGCCACUGAUCCCCACCACCCCCAUCAUCCCCAGCGAGGAAAUGGCCAAAAUUGCCUGCAGCCUGGAGACCAAGGAGCUCUGGGAUAAAUUCCACGAGCUGGGCACGGAGAUGAUCAUCACCAAGUCUGGCAGGAGGAUGUUUCCUACCAUCCGGGUGUCCUUUUCCGGUGUGGACCCUGAGGCCAAGUACAUAGUCCUGAUGGACAUCGUCCCCGUGGACAACAAGAGGUACCGCUACGCCUACCACCGGUCCUCCUGGCUGGUGGCUGGCAAGGCGGACCCCCCGCUGCCAGCCAGGCUGUAUGUACACCCAGACUCUCCUUUUACUGGUGAGCAGCUGCUCAAACAGAUGGUGUCUUUUGAAAAGGUGAAACUCACCAACAAUGAACUGGAUCAACAUGGCCACAUCAUUUUGAACUCAAUGCAUAAGUACCAGCCACGGGUACACAUCAUUAAGAAGAAAGACCACACGGCCUCGUUGCUCAACCUUAAGUCUGAAGAAUUCCGGACGUUCAUCUUCCCGGAGACGGUGUUCACGGCGGUCACCGCCUAUCAGAAUCAACUGAUAACCAAGCUGAAAAUAGACAGCAACCCUUUUGCCAAAGGAUUUCGGGACUCCUCCAGGCUCACUGACAUCGAGAGGGAGAGCGUGGAGAGCCUGAUCCAGAAGCAUUCCUACGCCCGCUCGCCCAUCCGCACCUACGGAGAGGAGGACGUGCUGGGGGACGAGGUGCAGACCCCGCAGCCCCGAGGGUCAGCCUUUACGACGUCCGACAAUUUGUCCCUCAGCUCCUGGGUGUCCUCUUCCUCCAGUUUCCCUGGCUUUCAGCACCCACAGUCCCUGACUGCUCUGGGCACCAGCACCGCGUCCAUAGCAACGCCCAUCCCCCACCCCAUCCAGGGCUCUCUGCCGCCCUACAGCCGCCUCGGGAUGCCUCUGACGCCCUCGGCCAUCGCCAGCUCCAUGCAGGGCAGUGGCCCGACGUUCCCCUCCUUCCACAUGCCCCGGUACCACCACUACUUUCAGCAAGGGCCCUACGCUGCCAUCCAGGGACUGCGCCAUUCCUCCGCAGUGAUGACGCCGUUCGUAUGACUCUGCCAGGG